CUCACGUCUUCCUUAUUUAAGAUUAAACCUAUGGAAAAAGAACUCGAACGUGAAAUUUACGAAACUUUGCUUAACCAAGUUCCCUCAGAAUGCGUCACCGUGCCCAUCAUUAUGGAUUGCAUUUUAGAACAAGUGGUUUCAAACGUCGACCAACCUCCUCCACUUCCAGAAAAUGCGAACAAGCAGGACCGCGCGGACGGCGAUGAUCAAGCAAAGUACGCCGAGUUUAACAAAUUUGGGAAGCCCGACUGGGGAGACAGGAUUUUGCAAGAUGGUCUGAAAACUUUGAAGAAGCACAACAAGAAGGAGACUAAAGCACAAAAGGUGGUGGGGCCGGUCUUCACCCCACCACUUUAUAUUAAGUAUGGAGAUUAUGCCAGCAUUCGAGCCUGUCAUUUAAAUGAAACUGUUGCGUCGCACAUCGCAUCUACCCAAAUUGCUGGUGACCUCAGAAACGUGCAAGGACUCUUGUGGGGCAGUAUUCCCGAAUUUAAUAAAGGAUUAUACAUAAAACUGAUGGCAAAUCUGAACCAUUUCAUGUAUUUCUUGCCCCCGGGCGCCAUUCACAUGGAAGACAUGUUCUUCGUUAUUCAUCUCCUAAUGAGCGCCGGAGUGGAAGCCCAAUUACACAAAGAAGCUGAACUUGCCAAGUCCAAAGAAGAAGAGCAACGCUACGCCAAGAAAAGAUUUUCCCAAAUGGUCCACCACGCGACCACUGAGCUGUUUUCAUCCCACACGGGCUUGGCUGAAGAGAAGACAAUUACUGACACCAACUUGUCCAAGGAUCACAACUAUCUCGCCGUAAACGAACCGACCGGCGUGCACUUUAUUUUGGCACCAGAUUCCAACACUGAAAUUAAAAUUGCAACCGUCGGUCACAGCAAGGAUACCCCCGACCUUGAGAACCCUACGCUUGCAACCAACAAUAACGAACCCGCUGCCCAAGAAGAAACAUCUCCUCCUCCACCACCUCCUCCAAACUCGGACCAAGUAGCGGUACAAGAAACACCUGCUUCAACUGUAGAAGGUGAUCCAAAGGCUGAAAUUGUGGCGAAACAACCGGAACAACAACCUCCUCCCCCUGCAACUUCUACUACUCACGUCCCUCCAACUCCAAAGGGAAAAGGGAAAGGGGCAAAAAGUAAUCUCGCCGAUAAAACUAAAGCUGCCGACAUUGCGGCAAAGAAAGUGAUUGAAACCGCUGUGGAACUUGUAGAAGCUCCUCCCCCCACAGUUCCGGUCGAGGAAGCUUCCGUGGAACAGCUCGUCCCUGAAGAUGAGGAAGAAGAGGGAGAAGAACUCACCGAAGGAGACGUGGACGAAAGUGUCGAGGAAGAAGAGGAAGAAGAAAUGUCCUACAAUUUUAGAGAUGAAGAAGAACUACCAACAAAAACAAAGUCAAACAGAUUCAUCGCCUGUGAGUCAGAGUUUUUCAAAAGUAUGAAGGACUUUUCCGUCUUCAAAGCCUUGCUCGAGUGCCCCGCUCUUUUGGCGAUAAGUGACUCUGGAGCCUUGGACUUAUCCAAGUGGGUCGAGACGUAUCUUCUUUCAGCAGGAAUGUCUCAAACGGGUGCGGACGGAGUUCUCAUUGGAAACUUGAGCGAUUGGAACUAUGUGGAAGAACUUGUCCCAAUUCAGACCGUCCAACUCUUGAAUAACGCCGUGAUGAGUUAUCUGUCCAUGCAAAGAAUGUAUUGUCCCUUUUACGACACUCUGCUAUUCAUUUUCAACAACCCGAUUCCACUCUCGCUAAAGUCGGACUCUCAGUUUUACAUGAGGUUGAAGACGCUUCCUGGGCUUCAGCAUUUCUUGGAAUACACAAUUAAUGACAACGACGUGUUAUCCUGGUUAAUGGGAAUCGAAAAAGUUAAAGGGGCCGAAGUCAUAGAUUCCUUAAGCAUCACAACCCUCAUGAAAAUUGUUCCUGAAGAACAAUGGCUCCUCGUUCCUAGCAUCAAGUACAUGCUGUACAAAGAACAAACUGGCCAAUUGUCCCUAAGUGACGCGAGACUCCUGAAGAGUGCGACCGAUAAAAGUGAGACAGCAUUAGAAGGAGGAGGUGCAACGGAGGAGAAAGAUAAAGGUAAUAAAGGAAAGAAGCAAAGCAUAGAUCCAGAAAAGGACGAAGCUGCUGUUCCUCCUGAAGGCAAAGCAGCCAAGGGCAGAAGAGGAAGUGACAACAAAGAAACAGGCGACAAAAAGAAGAAAAGGCCCUCCAAAGAUUAUGCCACCGAUGCUGCUGCAGCAGAUGCCAAGACAAAACCGGAGGAACGUAUUAAUCCGCCAUCUUCGGACAUUGAUGUCGAUGUAAUUCCCAGUUUUCACAUCAGUGAAGCAAUUGGUCAACGAAAAAGUUCCCGAUCCAAAGCAAAAGCGAAGGAGAUCAAGCCAUCUGCCCCACACAAGACAAAGUUUGACUUUUACGACUUGGGAAAACGCGUCAUUGUUGUAGCGUCUGAUACGUACCACCUCUUCCCAAUGGAUGGAACUACGAUUCAAUAUGAGAUUUCGACCAUUGAACCGGAAUUUAGAAUGAUGCAAUUGAGCAUUUCGAAAAACGGGCACAGCACUUUUUUCUACCCAUACUAUAUCCCACACGAGUUAGAUAUUUCGAAAGAAUCAUAUGUCGUUUGUCCAUAUUUUCACAUGGUUCACGCUAAUGGCACAAUUUUUGCCUUUCAAGACCGCCGUGCCUCAGAGUCUGCUCCAUACAUAAAAGUUUUAUUGAAACAGAGUGCAACCGAAAGUUUGUUCUCGUACGACAAAAUAAUUUUUGGAGCGGACACUGGAGAGGCUGUGGAGGAAGCCAACCCGCCCGAACGGCAAGAAACCCCUCCCACCGACGGGAAAAAAAGGUCCGACACACAUCUGAGUUUUGAAGAUGAAAAGCAGGCUACACCUCCACGUUCACCCCCAACGGAAGACGGUGGUGACGUCACAGAAAAGGUGGAUGACGACGUAGUUGACCCUGGAGAUGAUUCUGUUGAUGCAAAAAAAGGAAAGAAAAAAGCUGCCAAAAAGGAUAAAACUAAUAAAGAGCAGGACAAGGAGAAACCGACUCCGGAGCAAAAAUUGAAGGAGGACAAAUCAAAAAAGAAACUAAAGGGUGGGGAUAAAAAAGGGAAAGUGAAAUCCGAACUGAAAAUUGACAUUGGUACCGAGAAUGACAACGAGGAGGAGGAAGAAAGGCCAGAGUCAGACAUGCCUCAGGAAACCACAACUUCCCCCCAUGAUGCAGCAGAGUGGAUUUAUUCUGAUGGAGACUUAACAGACUCAGAAACAGGGACGUAUCAACACAGGAAAAAGAAGAGAUCGUUCUACGCUCCGAAUUGGGACAAGGCUGAAAUUCUUGUGGAACCAAUGGUUCACACGAUGAAGAUAAGCUUGCCUUCGGGUCUUAUGCUAGAAGUGGACGACAUUUCUGGACCUCCAUUAACUCGGGGGGUGAAGCAAUCGUAUGGAGCUCGAGGGACCGCAUCUGCCAGGAAAGAGUCGUCUCGCUACUAUACCUCGGGUGGGACUGUGAUACGGUUUAUGCAAAAUGGUACUAUCCAAAUUUUAACGGCACGUGGCGUUACCACCAACAUUCGCGAAAUUUCAACAAAUGCACAAAGAGAUGACGAAAAUUUGCAGGAGAUAUUCAAAACUGCGGAAGAUACAAAGAUUUUUAAUGGAGAUAUUAUUCUCCCAACUGGAGAAUUUUGGCAUAUUGUCGACGGAAAGAAGGUUCAUCAUGACCCGAUUUAUGUAUUCACUAGUGGUCCUUUACCAAACGGCGAGAUUUUUAGAAGAAGGCAGGAUGGCGUUGUUUCCCUUCAUCGCCACGAUGGGACCACAAUAACUCAUUAUCCUGAUGGCACCAGAUUUACUACCAGAAUGGUGAUCCAGAGAGAUUUGCCUGAAGACUUGGAAGGAUGGGUCGUUGUCGGGCUUAAAUACAUGGUUGAACAUCCCAACUACUGCAACGUCAUUUUCAACACUUUGUCCGGAAAUGCCCACAUCCGUCUACCUCUCGGCGACUGGGUGCGUGUAUUUGCAGACGGAACCAUGAAAGUCACCACAACAGACAAUUACUCCAUGGACGUGGACAAGAAUCGUGCAGUAAUCUCAAACCCACCUUGUGGCGAUGGAAAUGCCAGCAUUCCUAACCUGACGGCAGUCAAACUCUGGCAUGCCAGUGAAUUUGCAACACCCACCGAGGAAACUGCCCACGAUUCACAAAAAACAUCGGCAGACACGGAAAGCCAUUUAGAUCUCGAAUCUGAACAGACGAAUGCAAAAUUGUCGUUGGACAGUGAUGGCAAACGGAGCAGCCUUCACGACACACAUUCCGGGUCAAACAAAUCCAUCAAAGUCAAACCCAUGAAAAUGUCACCCGACGGAAAGAAAACAAGAGGGCCUAAACCCACCAAACCUCUUGGCAGCACAAAGUCACUACGAUCCGUGAAGAAACGAACGUCUAAGGACGACGAAGACAAGAAAAGUAUUACUUUAGAAGGAUUAGAUGGCGAAGCUCUAGAAGAAGAAUCUUAUCACGAGGAAGAAGAUAACGAUGAGGAGGAGAUGGAAGGGGAUGACGCUAGUGGUGAACACAACAUGGAGGACACAUUCGAACAAAGCAAGGAUCAUAAAAAAUUCGAAAUUCUUGACUUUCUCCAAUUCACGGAUACAACCCUCCUCUGCAAAGCUGUCGACUCUUGGGAUAACAGAUUCGCUGUUGACGUGUAUGGUGAAACGAUUGUGGAUCGAGCCGAAGAAAGUGCGCCACGUUUCUCAACAGAGGAAUUAAUUAACACGCUAUCAAAACAUUGUCAACUGCCCAAGGAAUUCGUAUCCGGUAUACUACGUACCACAUCCAGCGACGACUUGGCCACUGCAACCAGACGUAUCGCAGCCUUGAAAAAAGCUCCAAUUGAUGCCUGCGCAACUGGAGCAUCCACUAAAAUAUUUGUCGUCAAGAGGAAUCUUUCUUCCUACGAGUAUUUAAAAGAGGGUCACGUGGAAGCGGCAGUGAAUAAGGCGAGGAUGGUGAGGGACGCGAUGGUCAUGAUCGACCCACUGCCGAGUCGAGAUCCAAGAAAGUAUAUCACCAUCAUGCAGCCCGUCGCCGAAUCGGCUUCUCCUCGAGGAACUUGGACCAAUAAUUACAGAGAGCCCACCUUUCGACCCACCAUUACAACAAAUAAACAGUUACAAGUGGCGAAUAGGGACGACCUCCGAUGGUUUGGCUAUGUCUUGACAGGGGCUAACGCGAAACGUCCAAAGUUUAUCCCGAACGCUCGCGCAGAAUUUAACAAGAAAGUUGGGGCUGCGAAGGGAAAAUCUGUCCCAAAUUCAAACACAGAUGCGUUUAUAAAUGAGGACAAUUAUGAGGAGGAAGAGGAGGAGGAGGAAGAAGGCAUGGAAGAAGAAACUGAUCCGCACGAACUAUUUUUACCGGAAGGAAAGUCAGACAAAGUAAACAGGGCGAGUAGUAAAAUGGCAAAAGACAAGGAGAAGGGAAAGUCCGGAAAAGGCGACAAGAAAGAAAAGGGCGAAAAGAAAGAGAAAAGUCACAAGAAAUCAAAGCUCGAAAUUCAUAAGGAAGAAAGUACUCCAGACCAUGGUGGAAAGCUAAAGAAGGGAAAAGCUUCUACUAUCACGAAGAAAAAUGCAAAGAAGGCAAACUCUAAAACUUCUAUUCCCCAAGUAAGUGCUAUUUCUGAGGAGGAAAUGCCCCUUCCAGAAGUGAAGAAGGAACCAACAGCCCCGUCAUCUCCCCAAGACAAAAAUAGGCUGGAUCAAACGGAAGUAGGACACUAUCCGGCAAAUGUUAAGGAUAUCAAAGGAAUUUAUGAUGACGAUUUCCCCGUCAAGUUCCAACCUCAGUUUCAUGCCGACGUCUGCACCGAAAAGAAAGCUAUCGUUGUGCGAUCCUUUGUCGAGAUUCCCCAGAUUAACGAGAAGAUGCAAAGGGCCUUGCUUGCUGCUUCGACAUCCUACGCGCAAACUGUGGAAGGACAACUAGAAGCCUUUGAAGCAAACAAAUUCCAGGAUCCUCGGACCGAGGAAGAGAUACAACAUGCAACAUUAAUCAAACAAGAACUGAUUGAGAACAAUCUUUCAGAUAUGCACAUGUUGGAACAGAGAGCAGGUCGCGUGCUUCGUUUCCAUUUUUAAAACAAGACAGUAUUAAACAAAAAGUAUAAAUG